AUGACCAAACGGAGACGGGAGCGAGACAGGCCUAAGGCUGGGCCAGACUCUGUAUAUAACCCAAAUAAGAGAGUGCUGCUGAGCUACGCAUCAGAUGAGGAAGACACGGACGAUGACAUUGGUCAGACCUUGGGCACUGGCAAUACAGCAGCCGUAGACGCAGUGUCGGCCGACUAUGCAAUCCCACCUUACCCCCAAGAAGAGGAAGAGUACAUCCCGGAGCCCUUGGGAGAGCCGGUCAACGAGGAUGCACCAACCUCCGUUCCAGAUGAGAGCUCCGAGAUCAGUACCAACGAGCAGUCCAACAAUCAACGUUCGCACUACAAACGAAGUACGACCAAGAAUGCAAUCACAGGUCAGUGGCCUGCUAUAGGCUCGCUCGCGUAUCAGUGGGACGACGAGGGUGAGGGUGAGGGUGUGGAGAGCUAUGAUAGUGCGGAGGAGGAAGCCAUGGCAUACUUGAAAGCUGUAAGGAACGAACGCAUGGCUCUACCAGAAGUGGUGCGUGCCCAGCACAACGAUAUGAACGAGGAGAUCUACAAGACCGGAAACGGCGAUGCUCGAGGUUAUGUCAAGGAUGGUGCUUAUGUUGGUUGCCCAGACAUUGGUCCGGUCAUGCCACGAUCCGCACAUAGCCAGAUCUCACCGUUUGAAGCAUACACGACUUCGCUCAAGAAUCGUUUUCUGGACCAGCGCGAGCAGAUGCACAGUAAUGCUAGCGCAGAAGCACUGGGCAAACUGGAUGACAAGCAUCCGACGACUUUCGACAUACGUAAUAACAAGUUGUAUGCUCAAUGGACACGAACAUUAAAGUCGACACCACCACUACCCGCACAGAUUCGGACUUUGGAUGCGGAUGCUGUGAAUCAGCUUCUUCAGCUGAUCCAAAGAAUAUUUCUCUUUCGCGGAGAACCGAUCCACGAGAGUACUAGUAUCUGGAUCUGGUCACUUCUUGCCCGGCUGGACGACGUAGGCACCAUGAACAACGAAGAAGUAUACGCUCUACGUGAAUUUGGUAAGCGCGCUGUGCUGAUACAGCUGUCUUUGUUCGAUCCUGCGGCUGCUUUAUUACUGGAGAAUGUCAAUCAGGAGGAAAAUGUGGUGAGUGGAGCAGCUGGCACAGAAGGCGAAACAAACAUGCCAGAUGGUGGUACUGCUCACUCAGUUGGAAAGCCACCAGAGUUGCCUGACACUACUUCAUCGUCUGCACAGAACACGCUCAUAACCCUUGAUGCCGUGAUCACCAUCAUUGGCGAAGUGUUUGGGCAGCGUGACCUGCUUGAUUUCAGAAGGGAAUGGCCUGGCAGUACGGAAGCGCAGGCAGAGGCUGAUAGGGCGUAA